AUGGGUCCUCUACAGAGAAGCGUUUACUGGAAAUUGAGUCUGAUCUUCUUUCUUACCGCCUUAAUGUUUUUCGUGGACGUGUUUAUAGUUAAUAGAACUUCAACGUGCGUGGAAAUGGAGGUCAUCUCUUACGGACAAACGCUGUAUAUGACUGGACUACUGAUCGGAACUUUAUUCGGGGGUGCUGUCUCUGACAGAUAUGGGAAGAGGCUCCUCCUGGUGGUCAGUACUAUAGUGCAGGCAGUCACUGCACUGUCAUCUGCCUUUCUACCAUACGGCAUCUUCCACCUUGCUGCCCGCUGCAUUGCUGGCAUAACCUGCUGUUGCAUCAACAUUUGCUCCUUUAGUUUAGGGGUGGAAUGGAGUUUGCCCAGGUAUCGCAUGUGGCCCCCUGCCCUACUCUCCUUCUCCUUCAGUGUGGGAAUGAUGUUCCUGGCUGCUGUGGCCUACCUCACCUCUGGCUGGAUUCAGUUCCAUUUGGCCGUGGCUGUACCUCAACUCCUCUGUCUACCACUCUACUUUUCCAUUCCAGAGUCCCCAAGAUGGCUGCUCCUUAAUGCCAGGUGGGACACCCUGGAGGAGUACCAAAACAGGAGUCCAGAGGACAAGGAGAGUCUGAAUCAGAUCUUAGACAUUGUUGGGAAUGAUCUUCAGAAAUCCAAAGAAAAGAAGAUCAGCCAUGAAAGCUACUGUAAUUUCAUACACAUUAAAUCCCCCACCAUAAUGCUGCGACUCUGCAUUAUGAGUUACAUUGGGUUGGCCUCAGCCCUGACCUACUAUGGGAUUUGCUUUAACGUGGGGAACUUUGGGGUGAACAUCUACCUAGCACAGUUUCUCUCGGGGUUGUCGGAGAUGCCCUCUCUGCUGGUGCCUUUUCUUCUGGGGCACUGUGGGCGUCGCCCUUUCAGCAUGUUGUCCCUGUUCCUGAGUGGCAGUGCUUGCCUGCUCUCUCUUCUCAUCUCUAAAUUCUGCGAUGUCCCUGUGCUUGUCAUGACGUUGGCUCUGAUGGGGAAGCUCUGCAUACAGGCUACAGUGUUUGUCUCCUUACUGUAUGGAAUAGAACUCUUUCCUACAGUCAUAAGGCAGAAGUGUGUGGGGCUGGUAAACCUGUGGUACCGUGUGGGCUGCAUUCUGAAUGCUGUAGUGGUCCCCAGGCAAGGGAUCCCUCUAGUAGCAAUGCUCCUGUAUGGCAGUGGGCCCAUCCUGGGGGCAGGGCUGUGCCUGUUGCUGCCUGAGACCAGUGGGGAACCCCUACCAGACACUGUCCUGGACUGUGACACACAACCUGGCCUGCAGCUUCAGUUGCUCAGCUGCUGCACAAGUCCUGGGUGCAAGCAGGCAGAUGUGCUCCUGCAGGCGUUCCAGCCGGAGCCCCCGCACAAAGGCCUGGAGGGCGAGCUCUUCCUGGGUCGCAGCGUCAAACAUGGGGUAACCCCGUCGGGCGUACAGCCGCAGGUCUGCAGCGUAGGCACCCAGACCCUCUCCUUCCUCGCGUGCUCGCAGCUGAAUCGCCCCCUCAAUGGCCGCCCAGCUAAGGUGGUCUUUGGGCUGGAGAUCCGUAAGGACCUUUAG